AGAAGACUUCCACACCAUGGCGGGACCUGUCAGCUUACGAGAGCUCCUUAUGGGAGCCUCGGCUUGGAGCGGCGCAGAAAGUUCCGGAGAGUCCGCGCCAGAGGGCGGAGCAAGCGCGGCUGGCGGACCCGAGCCUCCAUGGCGAGAGGAUGAGAUCUGCGUGGUGGGAAUCUUCGGAAAGACCGCUCUGCGCCUGAACUCGGAGAAGUUCUCUCUAGUGAACACCGUGUGCGACCGACAGGUCUUUCCUCUGUUUCGCCAUCAGGAUUCCGGGGACCCCGGCCCUGGGAUCCGGACCGAGCGUGGCAGCACUGGGGAGACUGGCGGAGCCGGGGAUGCUGGGGCUGCCUCCGGGGACCCCGUUCGGGGAGGCGCGUCUGCCGCGGAGGAUAGCCGACCUGAUGCGGGUGCGCAGGAUUACAGCCUGCUGCAGGCCUAUUACAACCAGGAGAGCAAAGUCCUCUAUCUCCUUCUCACUUCCAUCUGUGACAACUCGCAGCUGCUGCGGGCUUGCCGGGCUCUGCAGAGCGGGGAAGCCGGAGGUGGCCUCUCCUUACCCCACGCGGAGACGCACGAGUUCUGGAAGCACCAGGAGAAGUUGCAAUGCCUCAGUCUCCUUUACCUUUUCUCCGUCUGUCACAUCCUGCUCCUGGUCCACCCCACCUGCUCGUUCGAUAUCACCUAUGAUCGCGUGUUCAGGGCCCUGGAUGGACUAAGACAGAAAGUCCUGCCCCUCCUCAAAACAGCCAUUAAAGAUUGUCCUGUGGGCAAAGACUGGAAGCUGAACUGCCGACCCUGCCCACCCAGACUCCUUUUCCUCUUCCAACUCAAUGGCGCCCUCAAGGUGGAACCCCCUCGGAACCAAGACCCAGCUCACCCAGACAAACCCAAAAAGCAUUCUCCCAAAAGGAGACUGCAGCAUGCCCUGGAGGACCAAAUCUACAGAAUCUUCCGGAAGAGUCGUGUCUUGACUAAUCAGAGUAUCAACUGUCUCUUCACGGUGCCUGCCAACCAAGCUUUUGUGUACAUAGUCCCUGGCAGCCAGGAGGAAGACCCCGUAGGCAUGUUGCUGGACCAACUGAGGAGUCAUUGUACUGUUAAGGACCCGGAGUCUCUGCUGGUACCAGCCACCCUCUCGGGGCCCAGGCGAUAUCAGGUGAUGCGGCAGCACAAUCGCCAGCCCCUGUCCUUCCACACUGACAGCAGCAGCAGUUCCAGUUCUUCGGGCCAGCUGGUGGACUUCACACUCCGGGAGUUCCUGUGGCAGCAUGUGGAGCUAGUCUUGAGCAAGAAAGGCUUUGACGACAGCGUGGGCAGGAAUCCUCAGCCUUCCCAUUUUGAACUCCCCACGUAUCAUAAGUGGGUCUCUGCAGCUGCCAAGCUGUAUGAAGUGGCUAUAGACGGGAAAGAGGAGGACGUGAGUUCACCCACCGGGGAAUUAACAUCGAAGAUUUUAAGCAGUAUUAAGGUCUUGGAAGGGUUUUUGGAUAUUGACACGAAAUUCUCAGAAAACCGCUGCCAAAAAGCUUUACCCAUGGCUCACAGUGCUUACCAGUCGAAUCUGCCUCAUAACUACACAAUGACUGUUCAUAAGAAUCAGCUGGCGCAGGCGCUGCGCGUGUACAGCCAGCAUGCCAGAGGUCCAGCCUUUCACAAGUACGCCAUGCAGUUACACGAGGACUGCUACAAAUUUUGGAGCAAUGGCCAUCAGCUCUGUGAGGAGAGGAGUUUAACAGAUCAGCACUGUGUUCAUAAAUUUCACUCAUUGCCUAAAUCAGGAGAAAAGCCAGAGGCUGAUCGAAACCCUCCUGUAUUAUAUCACAAUAGCCGGGCUCGAUCCACUGGUGCCUGUAACUGUGGCAGGAAGCAGGCGCCUCGAGAUGAUCCUUUUGAUAUAAAGGCAGCUAAUUAUGACUUCUAUCAGCUUCUGGAAGAAAAAUGUUGUGGAAAAUUGGAUCAUAUCAAUUUCCCAGUAUUUGAACCAAGUACUCCAGAUCCCGCUCCUGCCAAAAAUGAAUCCUCUCCUGCCCCUCCAGAUUCAGAUGCUGAUAAACUAAAGGAAAAAGAACCUCAAACCCAGGGAGAGAGCACAAGCCUAAGUUUAGCUUUGAGUCUGGGCCAGUCUACAGACAGCUUAGGUACCUAUCCAGCUGACCCACAAGCAGGAGGCGACAAUCCAGAAGUUCAUGGUCAAGGAGAAGUCAAAACAGAGAAAAGACCAAACCUGGUUGAUCGACAGGCAUCCACAGUUGAGUAUCUCCCAGGCAUGUUACAUUCAAACUGCCCUAAAGGUCUCCUACCCAAAUUCUCCAGCUGGUCUUUGCUCAAACUUGGCCCUGCCAAAUCUUACAACUUUCAUACAGGUUUGGACCAACAGGGCUUCAUUCCAGGAACAAACUAUCUGAUGCCUUGGGACAUCGUCAUCAGGACUAGAGCUGAGGAAGAAGGAGACUUAGACACAAAUUCAUGGCCCGCUCCAAAUAAAGCUAUCCCUGGAAAGAGAAGUGCAGUUGUGAUGGGAAGAGGAAGACGGCGUGAUGACAUAGCCAGGGCCUUUGUGGGCUUUGAGUAUGAAGAUUCCCGAGGUCGGAGAUUCAUGUGCUCAGGACCUGACAAAGUCAUGAAAGUGAUGGGAAGCGGGCCAAAGGAGUCAGCCUUAAAAGCCCUCAACAGCGAUAUGCCUUUGUAUAUUCUGUCAUCAUCCCAGGGCCGAGGGCUUAAACCACAUUAUGCUCAACUCAUGAGGCUUUUUGUAGUGGUUCCUGAUGCUCCUUUGCAGAUAAUACUCAUGCCCCAGGUUCAGCCAGGCCCACCACCAUGUCCAGUGUUUUAUCCAGAAAAGCAAGAAAUCACUCUACCACCUGAUGGGCUUUGGGUUUUGAGGUUUCCUUAUGCAUAUGUGACUGAGAGGGGCCCUUGCUUCCCUCCCAAGGAAAACGUACAGUUAAUGAGCUACAAGGUGCUCCGUGGGGUUCUUAAAGCAGUAACACAGUAAGAGUUUUCCAGCCAGUAUAAUCUUAACUUGAGCUGGUUUUUGGUUUUGGUGGGUUGUGGAUUAUUAUUAUUAUUAUUAUAAAUAUU